AUGGCCCAUGGCAACUUGUCCGACCUCAUCUUCUUGGCCCUGGUCGGGGUCACCGUACAGUGGUUGGCCUACCCGGCCACCCUCUUCGAGGAUCUGGGCCCCUUGAAGGCGCAGUUCAAGGCCCAGAGCCCCGACAUGGAGGCUCUCAUCAAGUUUGGCGCCGGGCUCAUCCUCUUCUUGGGCAUGACUCUCUCAGCGGUCAGCUGGAACCCCGUGAAUGGAAAGAUGGCGGGAUUUGGGGCCUUCGUCACCAUGGGCUACUUCAUCUACAGUGUCUUCAAGGCGGACGGUGAGGUCUUCCUCCCACGCUUGUUCUACGCCUAUGCCGGAGUGAUCCUCCUCGGGGCGUUGCACAUCUUUGCGUUUCCCUCCAACCCCCUCCCACCGAAGAGCCCAGAGGUGAAGAACAACCACGGCAACUUCUCCGACCUCAUUGCCAUCAGUUUGCUUGGUGUGGCUUUGUCUUGGUAUUUCUAUCCGGAGCACCUCUUUCAGGACUUGGGCCCAUUGAAGGCGCAGUUCCGCAGUCAGUCCGCAGACUUGGCCACCCUGAUCAAGUUCGUCGCAGGGCUCAUGGUCAUCCUCUCCUUGAUGCUUUCCGGCGUCAAAUGGAAUCCCAUCAACGGCAAGCUCAGUGGCAUUGGUGGGUUCGUUGCCGCUGGCUACACAGCCUACAGCACGUACAGCGCAGACAAGGAGGUGUUUGUCCCGCGACUUUUCUAUGUGUACUCCCUGGUGAUCUUCUUGGGAGCUCUGCACAUCUUCGCCUUCCCUUCCAACCCCAUAGUGAAGAAGGACAAGAAGGAGAAGAAGGAGGGCAAGAAAGAGUGA